AUGCGAUUCAUACCCUUAGCAUCCCUUUAAAUCUCAUCAGUCCUCUUCUCAACAAACACCUCUCGUUCUCUCUGUCAAAGAAAAAACGAGUUACCAUGAAGGCAACCCUCUCACUAGUCACACUUGCUGUGGUCAUUUCCUUGGCACACUCCCAAAGACAGCUCGCCUUCCCUGACCCCAGGUCAUGCCAAAAUAGAGUUAGGCAUACGACAUGGACAGAUCCCAGAGGGGUCACCCACAAUUAUUUCUUCAGCUGGGAACACCAAGCCACACAAAAUCUCGAAGUAGAUUGGUUAGAUGCAAGAAAUAUUUGCAGAAGACAUUGCAUGGACACCGUGUCGUUAGAAACCCCCGCAGAAAAUGAGUUCAUUAAGCAAAAAAUUUCCUCCGGCCGUGUAAAGUACAUUUGGACUUCUGGAAGGAAAUGUAAUUUUAAAGGGUGUUCCGAACGCCCUGAUCAGCAACCAAAUCUGAUCAAUGGGUGGUUUUGGUCUGGAAGCGGUGUGAAGCUCGGACCAACGAACAAUAGGCAGAACGGAGACUGGAGCCAUACCGGAGGCCAAUUUGGCUAUGCACAGCCAGAUAACAGAGAAAUUGCACAGGGGAACGAUGAAGCAUGCUUAUCCGUCCUAAAUAACUUUUAUAAUGACGGCAUAAAAUGGCACGACGUUGCGUGUCAUCACCUGAAGCCCUUCGUUUGUGAAGAUUCUGAAGAGCUGAUCAACUAUGUCAGAAGCAGAGGUUAAUUAAAGAACUUGCCCUCUGCAUGAGGUCAGCAUUACAGCAAACUUCAAUAUUUAUUUACACAAGUAUGUUGUGCUGAAAUACAAAAAAACUGCCAGCAAGCGUUUACGACGACACUUAAAUAAAUCAUUUUCAUCAUAAA